AUGGCUGCACCCGACCUUCAUUUUGAAAGAUUGCCAACAACGUAUGAAGUUAAGGAGUAUAAGCUGGACUUCCUCCCGAAUGCCACCGAUUUCACCUUCCAUGGCAAUGCUACAAUCUCCAUGCACCUUGCACAGUCCACCAACCAGUUUAUUCUAAAUGCCAAAAAACUUGAAAUACUUUCGGCGAAGAUUCGUCACAGCACAGCCAAGUCCGACAACACAGCUAGUAGUAAGUCAAUUGAAUAUGACGAGAAACAGGAGCGUGUCACGAUUAACUUCGGGUCUCUUCUCCCAGAAGGAGAUGCCGAGCUUUGUCUUGACUACAAAGGAAUUCUAGAUGACAACAUGCAAGGUUUCUAUCGCAGCGCAUACAAUGACGAAGGUGGCAAAAAACGAAUUGUUCUUGCUACUCAGUUCGAGCCCACCUACGCAAGAAUGGCUUUUCCAUGCGCUGACGAGCCGAGCAGAAAGGCAAAAUUCACGAUUUCCCUGGUGAUACAGGACCACUUGACAGCCCUUUCGUGUAUGCCCGAGGUUUCUCGUGAGGCUUUAGAUGAUCCGCCAAAAUACCUUCCAGCUCCCAAAAACGGCCGAAAGUACGUGCGGGUGAGCUUCGCUCAGACACCCGUCAUGUCAACGUACAUCUUUGCCUUCGUGGUCGGUCACUUCGACUUUUGUGAGGCAAUUGAUGCCAACAACGUCCUCAUUCGUGUCUACACGCCUCCCGGCCGUUCUCAACUCGGACACCAUGCUCUACACGUGGCCAAAAGUGCUCUGCCCUUCUACACAGAUCUCUUUGGCAUCGGAUACCCCUUGCCAAAGCUGGAUCUGAUCGCCAUUCCCGAUUUCGCCAUGGGUGCCAUGGAAAACUGGGGUCUUCUCACGUAUCGUGAAACAGCCCUUCUGAUAGACGAGGCGCAAUCAUCCCUGCAGUCGAAACGCUACGUGGCGCUGGUAGUGGCUCACGAAGUGGCCCACAUGUGGUUCGGUAACCUCGUGACCAUGGAGUGGUGGACACACUUGUGGCUUAACGAAGGCUUCGCCACGUGGAUCGAGUAUCUGGCCGUGGACCACUGCUUCCCCGAAUUCGACAUCUGGGUGAGUCUGGCGUACUUGGUGGUGACCAGUUGGUUGUGCCGCCCUCUCACACUUUUGCUCUUCUCCCCCCUUCAGUCGAUUUUCCUGCCCUCUCAGUUCUACGCGGCCAUGGAAACAGACGAGUUGAGGACAAGCCAUCCAAUCGAGGUUGUUGUGAACUCGCCCGAUGAGGUGGAAGAGAUCUUUGACGCAGUGUCGUACGAGAAGGGCUCGUCCAUCAUCCGCAUGAUCAACGACUACCUCGGACCCGAAGUAAGUAUGCCUGGUUGCGGUGCCUUGUCACCGUCGAACCGUCACGCCUUCGUGUUCCAGAGCACUACAUUCAACAAGGGCCUCCAGCUGUACAUAAAUCGCCACAAGUUCUCCAACACGAUGACAGAGGACCUCUGGAAGGCGCUGUCAGAGGUCUCCGGUGAGGACGUCAAGUCAAUAAUGUCGACGUGGACGAAGCAGAUUGGAUUUCCGGUGCUGACCGUUCGACCGGUCUCCUUCGAUGCCAACAAGGGCCUCACCAUCUCGAUUGACCAGACCCGCUUCCUGAUCGACGGCAGUCAGGAUGACAAGGCCCUCGAGUGGUACGUGCCAGUAACCAUCUGCGAGGCGUCUGAUUCGACGAAGGUGCUCGCUCGGGUGAUGGUGCCGCCUCGUGGGGGGGUCACGUCGAAGGACCCCUUCACGGUGUGUAUCCCCCCCACUGCUGGCAAGGGGCAGCCCAAGAUCCGCCUGAACCCCGGCGUUUUCGGGUUCUAUCGCGUGCAGUACGACGAAGGCAUGAUGGGUCCGGUGUUGGAGGCUCUUGGCGAGAAGCAGCUGCCGAGCCUAGAUCGACUCAGUCUUCUGGCCGACACCUUUGCCCUCGCCCGAGCAGGUAGGGUUCGGCUGACGACAGCCCUCACCAUGGCCUCAACCUUCCUCGGUGAGGGAGACUACACGGUCUGGCGUGAGUUGAGCACCCAACUGGCGUUCAUUCGUGACAUCAUCAGCGAGAGCUGCUACGUGAAGUCCGUGGACGCUGCUGGUGCUCCAUCUACACCCGUGGAGGUCGCCAUGGACAUGUUCAUGGCGCACGUCGCCGAAGACACCUUCAAGCGUCUAGGUAGUGUUAACAAGAAACCUCUCCACACCUAUUGUGCCCCAAAAGCGUCUCAUGACAAUCUGGUUUGCCUUCGUGUAGGUUGGGAUCCACGUGCUAACGAGUCGAACAACGACACACUGCUGCGUCCUCUGCUCGUCGCCAUUCUCGGUGGAACUGGCUCCACGGAGGUUGUGCCAGAGGCUCAAAAGCGCUUCGAGAAGCACUACAGAGCCGUGAUGGCUGGUCAGGACGGUGACGGCGCGGCUCCACGCAGUGAUCUCAUUCCAGCCGACCUGCGGUCUGCAGUUUACUCCACGUGCAUCAAGCACGGCGGCGAAGAGGUCUACGAGCAGCUGCUUCAGCUUCACGACAAGGCGACCAUGCAAGACGAACGGGUGCGCAUUCUUCAUUGCAUCGGUCUUGCGCGCAAAGCCACCGUCAUCAAACGCGCGGUGGAUCUGGCCUUCUCCGACUUCGUGCGCAAGCAGGACCGUCUGAGACCUCUCAUUGCGCUUUCCGGCUCGCCAGCCGGUCGUCGAGCUGUUUGGAGCGAGGUCAAGACGCGCAUUGCAACCGUCAUGGAUGAUCUUGGCGGUAGCCAUCUUGCGGGUCGCGUGCUGAAAAGUUGCUGCGAGGGCUUCUGCUCCAAGGCCAAUUACGCCGAAAUUGACGCCUUCUUCAAAGAACACCCAGUUCCGUGCACGCGCGCAGUCCAGCAGGCUCUGGAGACGAUCGGCGUGAACGAAGGCAUUCUGCAACGUGAGGAGGACCAGGUCAAGCUGUACCUGACGCAGUUCGCCGAGAACAUACCCGAGUAG